UAUGAUCUGCUGUGCUCUCGUGGAGCUUGGCUAAUUGUCUGACUCGAGCCUGAGAUGCUUCUCAUAUAACUAUUUCAAGGGUCUCAAGCUUGCCAUGCUUAAAUAGCUUGCUGCUCCCUGUGGGAUAUGUGGGAGGAUAGCUGUUUGUUGCUUUGGGAAGCUUUUCGAAUACACAGGUAUCUGCAAUAUGAAGAUUCGCCAAUUGGGACUCGCUGUGAGUGGAUUCACAACUGCCGCUAGAGCUACGUGCGACUACAAGCCACAAGUAGACGAUCUCGCACUACAGGAGUCAAUCAAGCUCGAGAACCUUCUGCCACGCUCCCAGAAGCUCCAAGACUUUGCCUAUGCCACGGAAGCAAGAAAUCGUGUUGCAGGGAGUCCCGGUCACGUCGCAACUGUCGACUACAUUAUCUCCGAACUCGAAGCAACAGGGGCAUACGACAUAGAAAGACAGCCCUUCACCACGACUAUCCAAGAAGAGGGUAGUUAUCGAAUCACGGUUGACAAUGUCGAGUGGAAUGCUGGCGAGCUCCAAUUCUCGGCCAGCGGCGAUGUAACUGCACCCCUGGUUGUUGUAAGCAACCUAGGAUGUACUCCCGAAGAUUAUCCAGCCGCAGUUGCAGGAAACAUUGCUCUUAUCUCCCGCGGGACAUGCGAGUUCGGGCUCAAAUCUUCCCUCGCUGGAGCAGCUGGCGCGAUUGGUGCUCUCAUCUAUGACAACGUUCCCGGCGACGCGCCCCUGAGUGGCACCUUGGGCUCCGCACCCAGACCAACAGGCCCAUACGUACCAACCGUCGGGACCUCAAACAACAAUGGCACAGCCCUAGUCCAAGUAAUCAACAGUGGCACCGAGGUCAUCGCGCACCUCGAUGUCGAAACGACCAUCACCGACGUGACUUCGGACAACGUGCUCGCAACGACAAAAUGCGGCAACAAAGACAGCGUCCUCAUGUUUGGCGCCCACACCGACUCCGUGCCCCCAGGUCCCGGCAUUAACGACGACGGCUCCGGCACCGUCGCCCUCAUCGAAGUUGCAAAGCAACUCGCCGCCUACCAGACCACCAACGCCAUCCGCUUCGGUUUCUGGAGCGCCGAAGAAGUCGGCCUCGUCGGCUCAACCUACUACGUCGAACACCUCUCCGCCGACGCCCUGGCCCAAAUCCGCGCCUACCUCAACUUCGACAUGAUCGCCUCCCCAAACUUCAUCCACGGCAUCUACGACGGCGACGGCAGCGCCUUCAACCUCACCGGCCCGCGCGGCUCCGCCGAGCUCGAGCACUUCCUCGAAACCUACUUCACCCCUUACAAUUCCGUCCCGACCGAGUUUUCCGGCCGCUCCGACUACGCCGCCUUUAUCGAUUUCGGAGUGCCCUCCGGGGGCACAUUCACGGGCGCCGAACAGCUCAAGACCGAAGCCGAAGUUGCCCUCUUCGGCGGCGUCGCCGGCGCCCCUUAUGACGCAAACUACCACCAGGCCGGCGACACGAUCGAUAAUCUCAACACCGAGGCCUUUAUUAUUCAUGCCAGGGCGAUUGCCCAUGCGGCUGCUGUCUUUGGCGAGAGCUUCGAUAUGCUGCCUCCCAAGGAGCCGGCGAGUGUGACGAGGUUUAAGCGGGAUUUGCGCAGGAGGCGGAAUGAGGAUCAGAUGAGGGGGGUUAAGUGGAGUCAUGAUCAUAGGAGGGAGGUGGGUGAUGGGGUGGGCCAUACACAUGCCGGGUGUUUGGCGGGGAAGAUGGUCGCGGGGAUGAAGAGUUAAGCGUGUUGUUUCGUUUUCGGGGAGUUGUGGAUUUGGGGUUUUGAAGUGGUGACGAUGAACGA